GCUUUCAGGGAAAGAUAAGUUUGGUUCAACAAAAAAAGAAAAUCAUUGUUCCAGAGUCAGAAAGCCGUGAGUUCGUUAGAGUUUUCCGCUCUCAACAUCUUCAAAACAUCUAAACAUGUCACCCCUCGGGACUAUUGUCAUGUUGUUAAGUAUUGUAGGUGGCACUGUGUCCAUCACGGUGCAGGUUUCUCCAAAGGUUCUCAACUUGACCAUUGGUCAGACUGCAAAACUUGGUUGCAAUUUUCUCACCAAUCAGCCCUUAAACAACCUCAUGGUCCAGUGGUCCCUCUACCCGUGGCGCUCUGAGACUCCAGUACCGGUGUUCUUUUACCAGUCAGGAAAUUACGUGAUCGGUCAACAUUUCCAGAACAGGCUGAAAAUCCUUUCGAAAAUGGGAAUCGACAUGAACGCGUCCAUCUCCAUCAGCAACAUGCAGACCGCAGACGCCGGAACCUACACGUGUGAAGUCCGCAACCUCCCCGACAUCGAUGGCAUCACCGAGGCUAACUCCAGGGUUCAUGUGUUUGAGACGCCGUCGCAGCCGUUCUGCGCUGUGCACGGAGACGUGGCGACGGGUCACCUGGUCACACUCACCUGUCACUCAGAGAAAGGCAGCCCCUCUCCCAACUACACCUGGACCUUGCUCGAUCAGGGGAUCAGCAAACAAGUGAAGGGCAUUACAAAUGUGAAUACCGGGGUCCUGUACAUCAGGAACAUUUCUCAGUUUGAGUUUGGAAGGUAUCAGUGCAAUGCCUCCAACAUCGUGGGCUACUCUGUCUGCACCAUUGAUCUGAACUCAGACAUAAACGACGCAGCCAUCGCAGGCGCGGUGAUUGGAGCCCUGCUGUGUGUCGCCUUCAUCGUGCUGCUGGUGUGGUUCAUCGCUCAUCAUCUGAAGAAGAAGAAAUACAACGCAGCCAAGGCUAGCGAGACACAAGCUGCGAUGAACUAUAAAGCAGUCCCUCCGCAAGACACCGUCACCGAAUAACCACAGAGUCCCAAGUUUUUAUACCAUUUGUUGUUUGUGCAUUUUUUUUAAACUAUCGAUAAACAACCUGAAUGAUGUUUCUGUAAUUUUGGAAAUUUUUUAGAAGCACUGACAUCGCCCAAGGUUUUAUAUCAGUGGGGAUUCGGCAUUGAUGCAGUACUGUCGAUAAAAAAUCGAGGACUUUUUAUUUUUUUUUCUACCAACAAGAUUUUUUUUCUCUUGUUUAUUGCCUGAUUUUUGCCGAUUAAAAAACAUUUAAAUUGA